AUGGUUUGCCGUACAUUGCUCGUUUUCCUGAUCAUUGUUAUGCUUUCAGAAGCAGCGAAACGCUGUUAUUCCGGAUCCAAAGAUAAUUACGAGUCACGAUUAUGCGAUACAGGAGUUGACGGAAAGUAUGUGUGCCAGAAAUUCUCAUGCGAAGGAGGAAAAUCACCAUUCGUCCUUCGGACAUGCGCCAACAAAAACAUGGGUUGCAUGGCUGGACCGGCGAUAUGCAAGUUCAGCGGUGGAUCGGGCUCGUGUUCCCGAUGCGAUAACGAUAACUGUAACAAGUGA